AUGCAAGAAACACCAUCAACAGAAAUAACUCAUGCUCCUUCAGGAUCAAACUCAUCUUGUGAAUAUCAUGGUUAUAUUCUAAGAUUUCCAGGACAAUUCAACGUUAGAAGUUUUCAUGUAUAUAAUUGCAAAGAUAAAGGUGAUAAAAUUGAUGGAUUUAAUAUUUUAAAUUAUAUUGGGCCGAUGAAUUUGAUCAUUUCCCUGGAUAAUGCAAAUACCUAUUAUGUAUUAUGGAAUGUUAACUUGACAGGAGAAGAAUCGGGAUAUACUUCAAGAACAAGUAAUAAAAUCUAUGAAACUAGAGCGCUUUCGUUUAGUAAUGUCAAUAAUUAUACAUCUGUACAGAUAUCAGAUGGAUAUACAACCACAAGUUUCUUAGCAACAGUGAAAUUUGAUUCAUUUACUUUUCAAUUUCAAAUACCUUAUAAUUAUUCAUCAUUAGUGUUCAACUUUGAUACGUACCAAUCAUCCCCUGCAACAUUGACAUUAGAUCAACAUGAAAAUAAGUCAGUUAUCCCUAGUGAUGUGACACUAUCAAGAUUAGAUAUUACAGGUGGAAAUGUUUCGUACUCGAAAAUAGUAAUCUCAUCUACAUCACUAUUCUCAAUAUCAUAUUCAACAUCCUUUGCAUGCGUAUUUGGUUUCACAGAAUGGACAAUUGAAAUUGAUGGAAGUGAAUUUCCUUUCAAUAUGUUUAAUCUCCCUGCACAUGUGAUAUUAAUUCUUCAUAAGAGUACAACAAUCAAAUCUUUUGCAUUUAAUUUCUUCACUGAUUUAACAAUAAAAUUAGAUUCGUCAACAUCAAGCGCAAGCAUUAAAAUAUCAGAUUGUGAUUUUGGCUGGAAAGAUUAUAAUGACUUCUACAUGGCUUCCGGAGUUAAUCUUGUAUUUGGAAAAUUAACAAAUUUUCCUUCAUGGACUUCAAAAUACAUACCGUUGCAUUGGCACAUGAAGAAGUUUUCUGAGAAAUAUGAAUGCGGGCAAUUAACAUUCACAACACUGCCUCAAUACGAAGGUACAAACUCUCUGAUUUUAUAUAUCGAUCAUGAAGAUUCUUCACAUUAUUAUACGAAAUCAGAGAUUUCGUCAAAGUUCCCAACGACAGAGAUGCAAGUAGUUUCAUGUGAAAAUAGAGAAAUCAACGUCGAAUUAGCGAGUGAUGUCACAAUUCCAGGUUUUUAUGAAGGUCAAUCAAUUAUGACAUCAACAACAAGUGGUCGAGUUAAAUUUGAUCCUGACAAACUAAGUCUGUUCCCACUAUCUAUAUGUUUGACAUUCGAUCUAGGAACAGUUUCUGAUUGCAAAGCAUCAUCUAUGAAAUAUUAUCUAACACGUGUUCUCAACAUGAGUUUACCAAUAUCACAAAUGAAAGCACUAGAUCCAGACUAUCCAGAGAAGGUUCUCAACUUAUCCCUCAAUGCACCAAGCGACUUGAAUGGUAUCGAAAUCGGAUAUUAUAUCACAUCUCUCGGAUUUGAUUCGAUGAACUUUAAAAUUCCGACACUCGAUUUGACGAAACUAAACAGUGAUUUGAAGAACAAAGACUUCUUUAUCAGUGCAGCUGAUGGUGCAUAUGCAAGAAUCAACGUUCUCGGCUUAUCAGAACUUCAAGGCAAUAUUUCUUUGAAUAACCUGAAUCUUAACUAUGAUCUUGAUGUUUCCACUCUUUCCAUUAAUGAUAAUGUCAAUAGUGUCUCGCUAACCAGAUCCUCAUUCAAUUUCAAAUUAAAGCCAACAUUUAAUGAAAAAGUAACGUUUUAUUAUAACUCAGAUGAUGUUGCAAAGUUAUUUGCCAGCGAUUUUUCUAUUAGUGUAUAUCAAUUAAGAUAUUGGCCACUGGGAAAGUCAAUUUUGGUAAUAACAGGUUUGGAACCGUUACAAAUUGCAGGUUUAUUUUAUGGAAACUCGACAAGGAUAAAACUACGUGUAACUCCAGUUGUAGAUGUUGUCCCUGUUACCAUUCAAAUUACAGCUUCAAAGGUUCUUUUAACUGUUGAUUAUUUAUCACAAGAUUCGUUCUCAAAUAAUGAUGAAUAUAGAUUAUUAAUCGAAUAUGAUGGAAAAGAAACAGCAGAGAAUGUUGUUAAUUUCAAUCUCACUAAUUUUAUUGGAUAUGCAGAGAUUCUGACUGCAGAAAGCGAUGUCGAUUGGCCAGAUUCAUUCAGGAGUCAAGAAAUAAUCACAUUGAAUCCAGGAAACAGCACAAUAACAAAUGUGUUGAUGUUGUUGAACUACACAGGACCAUACAUUCGAAACUCAAUAUACAAAGUAUCAAACACGCUGGCAAGUCGUGUUCAAUCCAAAGUCACAACAUUCAAACUUGGUGAUAGAUCUUCAAAUCUUCCAGAGGUCAAGUUCCCAGAUAUGUCAUUUGACAUUUUGCUGAGUGAAGAUAACGAAACAAAAAUCACUAAGAUAUCAGGAUGCAAAGCAAUAUUCGAUAACUUAGAGAUCAAAUAUGAUACUAUCUCAGAAUUUGAUUCAUUACAAGUUAACAAUAACUUAACGAUGUAUCCAGGAUCAGUUCUCAGACCGAGUGGGUAUUCAUCAAACAAACGAAUAUUAGACGACGGAACUAAUUCAGAAAAUUCAAAUACAGAUGUUUGUGACAUAUUCGGAACAAAUGUCAAUCUUAGAUGGAACUCAGACACUGCAUCAUCAGUUAUCCUCUCAUCAAACUGUCAGCAGCAAGAUUCGUCAAAGACAACAAAGUUCACAUUCCAAUAUGACGACACACUCUUGCCUUACGUUUUCAAUGCAACAAAUUUCAAAAACAACUAUAUGGGCGAAAACCAAAAGACAGUCAUUUCUGGUUUCAUCCCAUCUUCUAGCACCAAAGAAUCACUGAACAAAAGUUCUUUCAUUGGUCCAACUACUCCAAACAAAGAGUGGAAACAUUAUGAACCUGAGAUGGAAGUAAAUUUUACCGAAAACAAAUUCUUUAUCCGCACCCCCAUUAAUUAUUCCACGAAAUGGCUCUCAACAAUGAAAGAUUUACCAACUGAUCCUCCUCUUUACACCGAAUUGUUACAAAAGCAUUAUGUCAAAAAAGAUGGUGCAAAAGGAAAUGGUUUAAUGCUAAUAAUUGUGGUCGCUCUUGUAUUUCUUAUUGUUGUCAUCGGAAUCUGGUCUGUAAUGUUCUUCCUUUACAAAGAUACCCUAGUGGAGCUAGGAAACUCUAGUUAUAGCUCUGCAGAGUCUUUAACAUAUUCUAAAUCGUCAGGAAGUGGUUCCAGUUAUGAAAAGAAGAAAGAAAGCAGUUCUGGUUCAGGUUCAUCAGUUUAA